CAGAAUGGCUUACGUUUUACACAUGCUCAGCGUAUUUCGCUUCACGUCCGGAUUAAGACCCGGCUCGAGCGUAGAUAACCCUACUUUAAUCUGCGUAACAGCAGCUGCCUACCUGAUUCUGAUGGCUGGUGAAAUUAACGCCUUCCUUUAUACCUCAGACGGUGUGUACAGAUUCGAAAUAUCGUACCAGUUUCUAUGCUACGUGUACGUAGGAGGCACCCAGAUCAUAUCGUGGUAUAAUCGACAUUCGGUCAUAGCCUUAUGCCACCGAUUGGCCAACCGGUUGCCGGAAUUCAUGGGAGAUGCGGCCGCCAUCGAGACCGAAACCACAUUCAAGAAAAUUGCUCGCAGCUUCGGUGUCGGGUACUGGAUCACGAUGGGGUUGUACGUAUCGGCUCCUUGGAUCAAUUUCCUACUGCAGAAAUUCAACUACCACGAUCCGAAGUCCUACCCGAUGCCAUUCUGGUUCGCUGCCCUCGAGAUCGACUCCAUUCUAAAGUACUUGGCCAUCAAUGUUUUGCAGACGAUUAUGUGCACUAUGGUGUUCGUCGUGUAUUCGUGCUCGUUUAGUUUCAUUAUUUGCGUGUUGAUUAAUCUCAAGGCUCAUUUGAAAGAGAUUCGAAGAAGAACGAAGGAGCUUACUAGAAGCAUGAAGCUACUACAUGAUGAAAAAUUGAGAAUGAUCGUAAAUGGUGCCAGUAAAGAGGAGUAUCAACGGUAUGAAAGCAUUCUGGUCGAUGAAUUUGUGGAAAUUAUCAGAUAUAAACAAGUGUUAUACGUGUAUGCCAAAGAUGCUGCCGAAUAUUUAAGGUGGAUAUUUAACGCGGCUCUGGUCUGGUGUAUCAUGGAGAUUGUGAUGACUACUUAUAUGGCUACUCAGAUUGAUGCGGAUGUUGUAUUCAAAAUGAAGAUAAUGUCAGUGGUUACCAACGUGACUGGGUCGUUUUUGCUGUUCUGUUAUGUCGCUGAGACCAUCAGCCAUAUUAAUGAAAACUGCAUGGAGUACUUUUACGAUAUACCCUGGUACUUGGAUUUCAUCAAGAUUCGUAAAUUGUUAUCGAUGAUGCUAUUACAAAGUCAACGAAUGAUCGAGAUCAAACCUUUCAAAAUGUACACGAUGAAUUUGAUCUUGUUUUCGAAAUCAUUGAAAGUGAUAUAUUCGUUAUUGAAUUUUUUACUCUUAGUUCAACGCGAGUAAAUUUAAUUACCAUUUAUUACGAGUAACUAGUCUGUAUAAAGUGUUAUAAUUAGAAACACGAUAAUAAUGACAUUUAAAAACGAAAAAAAAUCGAAAGGUUGUAUUUU